CGGAAAUGAGGUAUUCUGUACCCUUCUGUGUGGGAUUGUAUCGCUGAUGUUGGCUUACACGUAUGUGUAUGCACCGUCGAUUGGAAACCGCGCCAAGGGGAGAUGGGCAGCCAUGGUUUCCAUGUUCCAAGCAUGGAGAACUCGCCGUUCCCUCUGCCGUUUCUGCGGAACUUCUCCAUGUCAGGCCAAGCGAACAUCAUGGAAGCGCUUCAGACCCCGUAUCAAGAAUGUGACCGAUUUCGAGGAGCGAUCCAAUGCUAUGAAGUUGUUCAGCCUCGGACUGGAGCUGUCCGUCGACCUGACAAAAGAACUUCCCCGGGAUGAGCUGUACUGGGCUAGGAAAUACUGCGAUCAGUUCGAGGAGGACCAUAUGGUUCUAUUCCCGCUAUUCCUUGCAGUAUUUGACGAUGAGAAGAAUGUCGAUGUUGGAACAGAGGUGGUCGUGGUGACUUCAUCGAUUUGUGUGAUAACGCCCUAA